AUGGACCCGUACUCACACUCCACAGACAUCCCCCUCUCAGUGAUUGCAGCCACGACGCCGUAUCUCGAGCCCGAGCCAGUGACUCUUCCGGACGGGCGCAGGGCGACUAUAUAUCCCUUCUUUCGGGCGCAGGAGAGUGAGUCGAUUGAGGUAUGCGCGGAGGAGAAGAGGGUGACGGUGGAGGAGGAGAGGUUUGAUGUGCUGGGGAAGGUGUUGUGGAGGAUGUUUAAUCGGGAGAUUGAGGAGGGAAAGACAUAUCCACAGAUAAACACACUGGAGUAUGAGGAAUUCAAAGGAUACUGGUUCGCGUCAUUCACAGCAGUCAUGCUGCUCGACACCGACACUCCUCAAGACAAUCUCACGACGGACAUCGAGAGCAGGUGUCUAGGAACCUUCUACGUCAAGCCAAACUACAUCGGCCGCUGCGGACAUGUCUGCAACGCCGGGUUUCUGGUGUCUGAUAAAGCGCGCGGACAGGGCGUCGGCAAGACGCUUGGGAAGCAGUACGUGCAGUGGGCACCGAAGCUGGGCUACAAAUCAUCGAUCUUCAACCUCGUCUUCGAAACCAACGUCGCCUCGCAACGCAUCUGGGACCGUCUCGGGUUUGAGAAAGUAGGCCGGGUGAAGAAAGCGGCGUUUGUGAAGGGAUACAGUGAAGAAAGAGGGCUGGUGGAUGCGUUCAUUUAUUACUAUGAGUUUACCGAGUAG